AAUAUUAUUAUGGUUUUAACCGAACUCUCGACACUUGUUAGCCGUAGCCGGGCAUUGCUUUUGAAAUAAAUAAUAAUAUUGUAAUUUAUUGAUAAGUUUACAAAGUUCAAACGGCAAACUUCAAACUGUCAUUUGUCAAGUAUUGACGUCUGGCGUUUGUUUCACGCGUGUCGACGGCCGAUUAAAGUUCGUCGGUGUUGACUCGUUUAAAGUUCACCCAUUAGGUAUAUUGUUUUCGAAGGAAAUUCGAAGAAUAAUUUAUUUGGUACAAGAAACUGCAGUUCACAUAACGAUUCUUGAAAUCAAACCACAAAAAAUAGCUAAUUUUUUUGAGCUUAAAACGUCGAGAUGAAUCUUCUGAACGACUAUUCUGUGAAGCGGUAUAUUAAAUCUCUAGAAGACGUUUAUCCUAGCAAAUGUUUGUUGACCGUUUGUGGCUGUAUGGAAAAAGGUUCGUUUAAAACCUCUCAUUCGCAAAACGUAGCACCUGUCAGCAGCAACUUGGCCGAAUUGGCUGCAACCCACAAAGCAAGCAAAGUAAGAAACAUUGUCAUGUACAUAACCGCUACAUCGUACUUCAACGGAGAUAUGAUGAAAUUCUUGAUCAACGAGAUGUUAGACCGUAAAGAUGACUCGUCCGUCGAGCAAUACUACACAGCAUUAGACCAAAAUCUUAGAAUGCAUCCACCUUGUGCUUCGUAUAUGACUUCAGAAUAUGAACAUCUUUUCCUCAAACCGUACAGGAAAUGUUUUCGAGAAAUGACAUUGUGGGAAUAUUUAAUGGAAACCUUUAAUCGAAUAAUAAGUGGUUCAUUAUCGUUAGGAGAAGGAAACGCAUUUGAUUUAGCAUUCAGAAGAUGUUUGAGUUUUUGUGUGAAAAUACUGCAGAUUGACUUUGAAGUAUGUAAAACAACUGGUUCUAGAGCGUUAAUUAUGAAAUGCUUAAAUUACAAACUCGAGAGAAGGACUAGGAUGCAUGAUAUAUGUAAAAUUUUAGAUGGACUAUUUUUUACCGGGUAUGAUAUUCGAAUGCCAAUUAUAAAUCUUGCGCUACUCGUAAACCAAAUGAUGGCCAUGUAAAUGAAUUAUUAUAGUUUGUUUCUAAUCAUAUACCUUAUUAUUUAAUUGUUUUUUUUAUCAAGUUGUUUAUAAUUAAAGUGUAAAAUUUUAAUUUUUUUUGUGUAAUUUUAAGAGCAUAGUAUUGUUUUAAACUUGUUUAUACUUUAAAAAAAAAAGAACGAAAUUAUGUCUGAAUU